CAUCAUCGUGCGAGAAAGGAGAAGGAGCCGUCGAGGGGUCGCUGAGCCGCUGCCGUCGCCGUCGCGUUCGUUUCUGUCACAGAAGCUUCCAUUUCCGUCACUUUCAUGUUGCGGAGAGAAAGAACUACGCAUGAGUCAGGGGCCAGGGAAAGGGAGCCACCGCCGUUGCAUCCUGGCUACGCCGCCGUUCAAUUCGUUGUUUCAUCAUGGCCAUGGAGAGGAACGUGAAUGGAAAAGGAAACAGGGAAGCUGCUACUUGGGAUUUGAGGAAAACGGCUCUGUUCUGCCUCGCCUCUAGGUUCUGCAAGUUGCCGGAGUCCUCAGCCGCUGGGAACCAGCACUGGAGCUACCCAGAAUCACUACUGCUGCUGCCAUGGGAGCUGGUAUUGGAACCACUGAUGGAGCUGCUGUGUUUAGUGAUUUUCGCGAGUUGUGACAUCGAGAUAUCAAGUGAAGAAGCUAUAGAAACUGCAAAGCAACUAAUGCUUAAAGAAGGCCUGUUUGUAAGUUCCCUAAUAAGAUGCAGAAGACGAGCGAGAAACUUUUUUGGUUGAUGAAGAUGAUGAAGACAAUGACGGGAAUGGGAAUGCCAUUGGUGAGUGGGGAUAUCUGUGCAAUUUAAACAGUUUUGGAAGUGGAGAGCAUCGCCACAAGGGUAGGACAAGUGAGGAGCAGAAGAACAAGGAUAGGACAAGUGAGGAGCAUCGACGGCUGCAGAUUCUCGAACCGAAAUCAAGGGUUGAUAUCGGU